UCUAAUUACAAUUAGUGGCACUUAUAACAAGAAGAGUGGAGAUGGCCAACCACCAAAAAACACUUGCUCUCUUCCUCUUAUUCAACAUACUCUUUUUCACUUUUGCUAGUGCUUGUGACACAUGCCCUCCAAAGCCCAAACCCAAGCCUAAGCAUAAGCAUUCUAAGGGCACUUGCCCUAAGGAUACCCUAAAACUAGGUGUAUGCGCGGAUGUGCUCAACGGACUCCUCAAUGUCACCAUAGGUAAACCUCCUAAAACCCCGUGUUGUAGUCUUAUUGAGGGUCUCGUUGACCUUGAGGCAGCUGUUUGUCUUUGUACUGCGAUCAAGGCCAAUGUUCUCGGGAUCCAUCUCAAUGUUCCACUCUCCUUGAGUCUCCUCCUCAAUGUUUGCUCCAAGAAGGUUCCUGAGGGCUUCCAAUGUGCCUAAGACAAACUUAUUUUCUGUUGAGUGAUUUGUGGCUUUUAAAUUUGUUCCC